CUAACGUGAGCCAGGGUUGCCAAGGAGGGUGUGCUACAUGUUCUGACUACAACGGAUGCCUGUCAUGUAAGCCCAGGCUCUUUUUUGUUCUGGAGAGGAUUGGCAUGAAACAGAUUGGAGUAUGUCUUUCCUCGUGUCCAAGCGGAUACUACGGGACACGGUAUCCCGACAUUAAUAAGUGUGCAAAAUGUAAAGCUGACUGUGAUACCUGCUUCACCAGAAACUUCUGCACAAAGUGUAAAAGUGGGUUUUACUUGUACAGUGGAAAGUGCCUUGAAAAGUGCCCUGAUGGGCUGGAAGCCAACAAUCACACGAUGGAGUGCACUAGCAUCGUGCACUGUGAAGCUAGUGAGUGGAGUCCAUGGAGCCCUUGCACAAAGAAAGGAAAAACAUGUGGUUUCAAAAGAGGAAAUGAAGUAAGGGUCAGAGAAAUCGUACAGCAUCCGUCAGCAAGGGGCAAUCCGUGCCCAGCUACAAGCGAGAGCAGAAAAUGUAUUGUACAAAGAAAGAGAUGUCAGAAGGAAGGAAAAG